UAAAAUACUUGUGGGCACCAGGCCCCCACAAAGUUGGUGGGCGUUCCCAUUCAGAUGGUGUGUGUGUGUGCACUGUGUCAUGUGAUUGAUUAUGCAGGGAGGGGCUUACCUGGGCCCCCACAAUAUUUUUUUCAAGUUGGCACCCUUGUGCCAGAAUUAUUAUUGUCAUAUUGGGGAGGAGGUAAGAACACCAUUCUUGAUAGAAUGGAUAACUAAAGUCUGGAAUAAGGUAUGUGUGGUUAAGCUUACAUACAUGGUGAGAACCAGAGGGCAGACAUCAAGAUAAUGGUGUGUGUGUGUGUAACUGAGUCUUUUUCAUCUGUUCAGCCACUGAACAGGAUGCUGGACUAUGGGUCACUGACAAGAUCGAACAUGCUUGUCUUAUGUGCUUAAGACUCACCCUUUUUAAAUAAAAAAAAAAGUUGGUGAGAUCCUGUAGUUUUUUGUUUUAAUUGGCUAUAAAGAUUUAAAAGAUUACUGGUUGUAAAUAGAACGAUAGAUUAAUUAGUAUGGUGGUUUUGUUUCUGGUAUUUGAUUUUGAUUAUGCUUAAGAUGGCAUAAUAGGAUGAUACUGAAAUGUUUGUUAUUCGAGGGGUGCUUGUCUGGAGCCUUGUGACGGUAGCUAGCCUAAAAGGCGGCUUAUAAAUGAUAAGAUAAAAUAAAUAUAGAACUAAUAUUAUGCCUAGCAGAAUAAGAUAAUCGCAGGGAGGCCCUCUGCGAUUGCAGGAAUGGAAGUGCUUCACUGAGCGUCCCUACCAGCUGUUACAGCUGUUGCAUCCGGGCUUGCCGAGCAAAGCAUUCUGGGAGGUGUAGUUUGAAAGUGUCCAAACUCUCCCUCUCUCCCUCCUUUAAAAAUAGGGAACCACAACUAUGCACCGAGGUAAACGGUAUCGUUGCAAAGAGCCUUAGGACUACCCGACCCUUUCUUUCCUAGAUUUACAUUUAUUAUUCGCAGUAUUAUUGCAAUAUUUUUUCGAAUCGGCCUGAAGAGCUACUUAAAUAUGGGUGUGAUAUUAACUCCUACUCUCUAUUUACUCUAGAGUAAGCACAAAGCGAUGCAUGCAGUCAAUCAAGGUUUUGCAAUGUGCCGCUUGUCUAAAUCGUAAAAUAGUAUUUGUUCUGGGCUGGGGAGGAAGACGGGAGUGCAAAUAAAUAAACCCAGAAUAAUAGACUACAAUUCCCAGGAUGCUGCGCGCCCUGGCCCACGUGACUCCUCACUAAAUUCAUUAUCUUUUACCGAGGCAUUGAAUCUAGGCGGAACCUGAUCGAGUGGAACGAACUUAAUUGCGCGCAGACGGCAACUCGCCUGCUGCUUCUGCCGGAGGAAAAAACGAAGAAGUGAAGAAAAUACUGCAGCAAGAUGAUGCAGGCAAGUCUGUAUCAAAAUUGUAGAUGGUGUCUAUUUAAUUUACUUAUUUAAUUGGAAGCAAAUUAAAAAUGCGGAGCUUGUUUUUUUUAAAAAAGCAAAAGUUUGUGGACAGAUUCUCCCCGGCUCGUGUUGCUUUCAUUCUUGCUGAGAUCGAUGCUGAUCCAAUUUUUAUAAACAAAUGCCGGACAACUACUUUACUAUAACGUAACUGUGCCCAGAAAGUAGCCUUUAUUUAGCUCUUUUAAGAGCGUCGUAAUGAAAUUUCGAUCGCGAUCUUAAUUUGCACGCUGGGCGAGUCAGCGUCUCCAUCUGUUGGCUGUUUACCAGGAACAGACUAGUGUUUUGUUGGGUUCCUUGAAAAACAAUGAGCCUUAUUUUGUCCCUAAUUGGGGGCGGGUGGUGGUGGAGAGAGAGAUUUUGGGAUGACUUUCCUUUUAAAGAGAAGUUGAUGUACAUCUCUCACCGUUUGGCGAGUUUCAUCGGAAGCUGCCUCACGCAGAGUCAAACCAUUGCUCAUCUAGCUCACUAUUGUUUACACACACUGACUGGCAGCUGCUCGUCAGGGUAUCAGAAAAGGACUGUUCCCAUUCCUACCUGGAGAUGGCAGGGACUGAAUCUGGGACCUAAUCUAAGCCUGGGUAGGCAACCUAAGGCCUGGGGGCCGGAUGCAGCCAAAUCACCUUCUCAAUCCAACCUGCGGACGAUCCGGGAAUCAGCGUGUUUUUACAUGAGUAGAAUGAGUCCUUUUAUUUAAAAUUCAUCUCUGGGUGAUUUGUGGGGCAUAGGAAUUUGUUCAUCCCCCCCAAAAAAUUAAAUAUAGUCUGGCCCCCCACAAGGUCUGAGGGACAGUGGAACAGCCCCCUGCUGAAAAAGUUGGCUGACCCCUGUAAUCUAAGCAGAUGCUGUACCAUUGAGCUGCAGCUAUUCCCUUGCCUUAAAAAGGUAAAGGUAAAGGGACCCCUGAUCAUUAUGUCCCGUCGUGGCCGACUCUGGGGUUGCGGCGCUCAUCUCACUUUAUUGGCCGAGGGAGCCGGCGUACAGCUUCCGGGUCAUGUGGCCAGCAUGACUAAGCCGCUUCUGGCGAACCUGAGCAGCGCACAGAAACGCCGUUUACCUUCCCGCCAGAGUGGUACCUAUUUAUCUACUUGCACUUUGACGUACUUUCAAACUGCUAGGUUGGCAGGAGCAGGGACCGAGCAAUGCGAGCUCACCCCGUCGCAGGGAUUCGAACCGCCGACCUUCUGAUCGGCAAGUCCUAGGCUCUGUGGUUUAACCCACAGCGCCACUCGCAUCCCAUUCCCUUUCCUUACAGACACUUAAUCCUUGAGUUGGGUUGGAGAGAUAUAUCUUGGGUACAGAGUGCAUGAAUACAAACUUUAGAUUUACGGUAUAAAGAAAAUUUUGGUUCAGCUCUCCCAGUGGCUAUGCACCAUGCAGGCAGCUCAGAAGACUCGCAACUUCAUAGUAUAUAGAAGACUAUGAAAAUGAUUGGGGUGGGGUGGGCUGGAUUGGGUUGUUGCACAGGCGUGCCUAAUCACCCUGAAUUGUGCACCCAGAAUUUGCUGCUAUGUUAUAGAAUCCCUCCCUAAAACUGUCUGGAAGUGGUGUAGUUAGGCAAUUUCAGACUCUGGACUUCAUGAUUUUACAAGGGUGGCCCUCUUUAGAUGGAGAUGUGUAUUAUUUCACUUACUUCAGAAUGUAAUGAGAGAGCCCUGAUGCUCUCCUACUUGUGUUGCUGAGUGGGGCCGCCAGCAUCUGCCCCCAAAUCCUCCCUUACAGUGCCACCUUUGUUGCCACCAGCCAUGCCUCUGUCCUAGGUCUGACACUUAUCUCCUCCUAAUCUUUGGGAGAGGACAGGAUAGUACAGGAGGAGGUGAUCCCCCAGGUAUCUUGGCCCCAAGCUAGGGUUUGAAAGGUCCUUGCUAAAUUGUGCCUGAGAGCUAAUUGGUAUGGCUAUGGGUGUAAAAUGCCCCCGCACAGACUUUCAUUCCUCCCCCACCCCAUAACCCCCUGUCCAAAUAGAUGGGUUUCCUACUUCAGAGGUCAGCACAAGACAGACAACUGCUGGUGCUCAUUCAGACCAGUGGAGCCAGAACCGAUGAGAGGCAGAGCCAACUAAUUCUGGUCUAGUCCCCUGCCCAUCCUUCUCCCUUCUGGCUUCUACAAGGGCUACACUUGAGACUAAACUGGCAGGCAGGGCCACCCCCUGAACUGGUUGCAAGUAAAAGGGCAGACAGGCAGGAGCAGUUGGGGUUGAUGGGGCAGUGCCCAACUGGACCAGCCUAAACUGGACUACCACCAGGUAAAUGGGCAGCAGGAACAGAAGAGCCUUCGUCAAUGUGAAAUAGCCCUUGGACUGGUGUGUGUGGAUUUUCAAUCCAAGCCAAUCCUAUUGUCUUCCCAAAAGGCAAGCGGAGGACAGGAGAGAGCUGGAGAGUGGGGGCUGGUCCAUUGGGAUAAAUGGAGCCCCGUUCCACCAAUAUCAGCCAGCCUUUCUACUCCCUGCCUUCCUACUUACAGUCAGUCCAGGGAGCGGAACUGCCAGUCAGCUUCCUCCUUGGUUUCAGUGUUGCCCUUGUAGAACUCAACGGGGAGGAGGGCAGGGGUCAAACUAGAAUGAGUUGUCUCUGCCUCUCGUUGACUAUGGCACCAUCUGCCUCAAUGGGCACCAAUCACCACUGCAUCCAGGUAUUUCCUAGUCUUUCCGAAGGCCAGCAAUUGAAGAAAAGUUGUCUCCCAGAGGGCACCAGCCACUACUGGGUUUGGAGGUGAAUCUGAUGUAACUUGACAAGGCUCUGAAUUUUCUUGUUGCAAUCCCGUCCCCCUUCCCAUUUUCUAUAAUGGCUAUUAAAUAAGUAUUUUGCUAAUUAAAAUAAUGCAACAUGUGUGUACAUGAAAAAGGCGGUGGGGUGAUAUGAGUCAUGCUUCCUCAGUGGGCUUUCCCAGUAUAACCAGAAGCUGUUCUUUGGUUCCUUGAAAGUAGGUUAGACAGUACUGCUUCCGCAUCCUACCUGCCUGUUUACUCAGGAAGUCCUACUUGAGUAUGUGCCAAACUGUCCCACCUCAGUAGAGCGAUCCUGUGCAUGCAUACUUGGAAGUAGGUCUCAAUAGGCCAGUCACAUUCUUUUGCAUUUGCUGCAACAGGCUGAUGCAGCUUCCUAUGGAAGAGGACUCUGAUGUUUAUUGUAGUCCCCAGCGUAAACACUAUGUGAACAAGCCAGUCAAAGCAAAGUCCUUUUAAGUCCCCAUGAGUUCAAUGUGAGAGAGUGCUAUUCUUAUUUUAUGAGAAGUCCCAUUGUAUUCAUUUUAGAGAUGGAUGGAGAAAUCUGAUUCAGUUCACAUGCCUGACUUCUUCUUCUUCUUUAAUUAAAUUUCUAUACCACCUUCAUCUGAGAAUCACAGGGCAAACAAGACUUUGGGUAUCUUUGUAAAUAUGCCAGGGAAGGGAGAAAACAGCCCCAAGGGCCAAGUGUCUCCCUCCAGUGUUCUUUAUCGGACCUUUGGGACUCACCCUAGGCCAUACUCCUUCCUCAGCUGUGGGUUCUCUGUUCAGGCCAUACCCCUCACUGACCAGAAGAGAACGUAGAUCUGAUUCUCAUGCAGACUAACCCUUGGUUCAAUUCUGAGUGUCUCUAGGCAGGGCUGGAAGAGACCUUGAAAGCCUGGAGAAUCACUGCCAGUCAGUGUAGUCUAGUGUUCCUCAAUCUUGGGUCCCAAGCUGUUAUUGGACUACAACACCUGUCAUCCUUAGCUAGCAAGACCAGUGGUCAGGUAUGAUGGUAACUGUACUCCAAAAACAACUGGAGACCCAAGGUUGGUAAACACUGCUGUGGACAAUACUGAACUAGGUAGAGCAGUGGUCUGGCAGCUUCCUAUGUUCCUCAGGAAUUAGUGAAACAUAGGAAAUUCUCCAGUUCUCUGUUCUCCCUUCAUGUGAUCUGCUAGAAGUGUUUACCCGAUUAUCCCACUGAUUAGAAACCACAGCUUUCUUCCCAAGCUCUUUUGCAAUGAAAGAAUCAGUCCUGGUUCUGUUUCCGCCUCCAUCUCUUUCAUUCACAGCAACCCAAUAAUUGCAACCUCACACCUAGACAUGCCCAGUCUUGUGUGAAUUUCCUCAACUCCCAUUGGAGUUUCUUUGGCAGACUGUGUGUGUUCAACUUAUUGCUUUAGGUUGAGCAUUAAAAAGCUCAGUAUUGUUGACACAGGCAAGCAGCAACUCCCCUGGGUUUCAGACAGGAGUUUUUCCAGUGCUACCCGGAGAAGACAGCGUUUGAGCCUGGGACCUUCUGUAUGCAAAGAAGAUUAGGUUUAUUUUAAUUUAAUUAAAAAAUUACAUCCCACUUACUGAGAAAUUGCCUCAAAGUGGCUUUUAAGAGAUGUAGUUUUGAAUGCUUUAAUUAUUGUGAAUAUACUUUUUUAAUGAUGUGAACUGCCCUGGACUCCUAUGGGAGGAAGAAUGUGAUAGAACACAAUCAUAGUUAUUGAUAAUAAUAAAUUAUGCAAGGGUGGGGAGCCUGUGGCCCUCUAAAUCCAGCCAGAUGUGUGGAGUAGAAAUAAUAAAUUAUUAUUAUUAUAAAUGUUUUUGGACCCCAUCUACCCCCAGCCAGCAAGCUCAGUGGUCAAGGGUUAUGGGAGCUGGAGUCCAGAGACAUCUGGAGACCUAAGGCUGAAAAACACUGAUCUAACCCAUUUUCUUCUCUGGCUGGCAGUGGCUCUCCAGAACUUGGGCAGGGAUAGGACCCAAAUACGCCAUCCACUCCAUAGGCUUUUGCAACUGACCCUGAGAAUCUGCCUCUUAGGAAAUCAGCUUUUGCAUAAUACAGUUGUGGUUCUCCUUUCACAUUCUCAGUUUUGCAUGUUUCAAGAGAGAUUCAACUUGAAGGGAACAAUUUCUGUUCGAAGAUCCGACACAGGUGUGGAAUUUGGCACCAAGAAACUGGUGCUGCCCGGAAUUCACUGACCCUGUGAAUGAGGGAUUUGCAAAGACGCUGACCCUGUUUUUGACCAUACCGUAAUAGAGCUUCCACAUUAAUAAGCAAAACAGAGACCCAACAAUUAGUUGGAAUAAGAUGACAGAUAAUCAUAGGUUGGGAUGAUGAAAAUGGCACAUGAUAAAGAACUUCCUUGUACAGAAUCAAACCAGUGGUACAGGUUGUCAAAUAUAGCCUAUGUUACUGGUUGAGUCGCCCUGACACCUGUGGUAAAUUACAUAUACACAGAGAGAGACAGACAGACAGACAGACAGACACACACACACACAUACACACAUACACACACACACACGGUCUGUGACUGACUGGUCAUCUGGAGGUUCCAGGGAUCAAACUAGGAGCUUCUGGAUUCAGAGCCUACAUUGGCUCCCAGUACAUUUCUGAGCACAAUUCAAGGUGUUGGUGCUGACCUUUAAAGCCCUAAACGGCCUCUGCCUAGUAUACCUGAAGGAGCGUCUCCACCCCCAUUGUUCUGCCCGGACACUGAGCUCCAGUGCCGAGGGCCUUCUGGUGGUUCCCUCGCUGUGAGAAGCAAAGCUACAGGGAACCAGGCAGAGGGCCUUCUCGGUAGUGGCGCCCGCCCUGUGGAACGCCCUCCCGCCAGAUGUCAAAGAGAUAAACAACUACCUGACAUUUAGAAGACAUCUGAAGGCAGCCCUGUUUAGGGAAGUUUUUAAUGUGUGACAUUUUAAUGUACAGUGGUACCUCAGGUUACAUAUGCUUCAGGUUACAGACUCCGCUAACCCAGAAAUAGUGCUUCAGGUUAAGAAAUUUGCUUCAGGAUAAGAACAGAAAUCGUGCUCCAGCGGCGCAGCAGCAGCAGGAGGCCCCAUUAGCUAAAGUGGUGCUUCAGGUUAAGUACAGUUUCAGAACAGACCUCCAGAACGAAUUAAGUACUUAACCCGAGGUACCACUGUAUUUUUAAUCUUUGCUGGAAGCCACCCAGAGUGACUAGGGAGACCCAGCCAGAUGGGUGGGGUACAAAUAAAUUAUUAUUAUUAUUAUUCCACCAAGCUCCUAACCCUAAAACGUCUUUAGCUCUAGCUCCUAUCUGUACCAGCCACACCUCAGUAGAGUAAAAUAGUGAAUGACUAUAGAGCCACGGGAGAGCUGGGAAGCAGACGUCACCCAUCAGCUCUGCUAUGACAGGCCAAGUCCAUCAGGCCUCCUCUCACCUCAGCUGCCAUUCCACCAGACCAGGAGCGAUGGGAAGCAGGGCUCAUUUCAUCAACUUUGUCAGAGGCCCCGCUCCACCAGGCACCUCCUGCCUCUCUUGGUCAAUAUAGGAACAACGAUUUAGAAACUUGCACCUAAGUUUUGUUUUUCCUCUUCCUUCCCUUUCCUUUUCCCUUGUGUGUGUAAGCCUCGUGGGUAAGAACUGCCUUGUUUUGAUUGUGUGUAAGCAGCUCUGGGAGCCUUUCUGGCUGAACAGCAGGGUGCAAAUACUCUCAAUAAAUAUAGGAUGCAAGCCCUUAUCACACGUUCUGUGUGUGUAGAGGGGGAACUUCUGGGGUGUUUGGGGUGUUAUGGGAGGGGCAGUACCUCUGGUGGAAGCUGCCAGCAUGCAAGAGUGGGCACACCUUGGGGAUGGCUUCCCCUGGCCGGCUAAAACAGGCGAGGGUAGCUGCUGGGUCUCAAACCCUCAGUGAGUGAGGGGCUUCCCCUGCAUGCAAAGACAGGCUCUGACAAAUGGUGCAGCUGAGACCAAGAUUGGGUCCAGCGGUCAAGACGGUGGUUUAUGCAUGUGCUGUAGGGGGAAGUGACAAAAUUUGGGGAAGCAACCUGGCAUGCAGUUCUUUCCUGCCAUUUUCACAGGGGAAAAGUUGGGGUGUGGCAACGCUGUCCAAUUAUGUUAGAUGUUGUGCCACACUGUUCCCACUGGUGUGAAUUAAAUUUAACAUGGCGUGCUGGUAUAUCAGUCAACACUGCCCCCCGAUAACACAACAGGUACUACUGCAGUUUGAAAGGAAGAUCAGAAAAUGGGACAGGAGAACUUACACAGUGUUCUUCACAUCUGAAUGCACUUUUAGUCCUGGAGUUGCCCUUGUAGGACUCAGCAAGGAGGAGGGUGGGGGAAGCACUAGAAUUAGUGGGCACCACCUCUCAUUGGCCCUGGCGCUACCUGCUGCUGGGCUCCUUGCUUUCUGCCCUACCAGUCCCAGUGGAUCAAUUUGCGUCAACCUGGUGCCUUCCAGAUCUGUGCGACUACACCUCCAUCAGUCCCAGCAAUGAACAGCCAUGCUUGCUGAGGCUGAUGGGAUGUUGGCAGGGCACCAGAUUAGCGGAGGCUGUUCAUGAUCUUGCAUAAGCCUGCCCUGGAUUUAGGUAAUUAGAUUUGGGGCUCUGGCUUAUUAAACUGGCCUAUCAACCAGGAACUAGUGGGGCUACUUUACAUAUACUAGGGUAAAUUGUACAUAAAUGUGUGUGUGUGUGUGUGAAAAUAAUAUGCAAAAAAAGUGUAUCAGGAGAAGUUUGCACUAACAUGUUGGUGAAUUAUCACGAGCACUUAAAAAAGAAUUGCACGCUGACGUGGAAUUGUGGAGAAAUGAAAUUAAGACCGGAUAAGUGAGAAACUGAAAUUGACAGAUUCAUUGACCCCUAAUUCUGGAGGUAAAGGAGAAAUUGGUGGAUUGAAUUGGAAAGAGGAGAAACUGAGAUUGGCAGAUUCACCCACCCUUGGUCCAUAGCUAGUCCCAGAAACCUUGCCAGUGUUUCCUCUUUGUUAAUUCUUCCUCCUUCCCAUCCAUCCUCUACAGAUGUUUUUCUAUUUCUCGGACAAAGUGGUCCUUCUUUUUGACUUCUGGAAAACACACACCCCAGCAGGUAAGAAAACAGCCUUAUCUCUUAAGUAAAUUUGAGCUGCUGAGGCAAACAAGAAAGGUCCUUGAGGAUGAGGGAAGAUUAUAUGAAACCUUAGCCUCAGAAACAAAGAUGACAAAGCUUGCUCUGUGCUAUACAUAAGGCUUCCCUAGGCAACUGACUCCCUAGAAUGCUUGGCUUCAUAAUAGUUUUGAGGGCCAAGAAGGAAGAAGUCAAACAAACCUAACACAGGAUUUAUCCACACUGUACUUAGUUUUUACCCUACUCUUUCCAGACACAGGCUUGCACUUUAAAAUUCUUGUGUCUGAGUACUCUUUCUUUGCCCGGGAGCCUUCCCUGCAAAAACCUACUCUUUAGUGCUCAAUUGGAGCAAAGGGCAAUUCUGCUUUUCCAGAGAUUGCUGUUUGCUUAUAAAGAUUGGGGGUUUUGUAGGGAAAGCUCUGGAGCAAAAAAAGGGGGGCACUUGGAGACGGAGUUUUAAUACUCUGCUGUGCAUGGAAAGAGCAGUGGAAAGGUAAGUGUGGAAAAGCCCAUAGAAGACCAGUUGUCCAUAAUAUAUCAGCCGUGGCUCAGUGGCAGGGCACCUGCUUUGCAUGUAGGAGGUUAUGGGUUCAAUCCCCAGCAUCUCCAGGUAGAGCUGGGAGAGACAUUACCUAACUACAUGGACCAUUGGUGUGACUUGGUAUAAGAUAGCUUACUCUCCAGUCUCGUCUCAGUCAUACAUGGUGUGGUAAAAGAAUGGGGGGCCUGUGAGAACUGCAGCUCCCUUCAGGGGCAGAGAAGGUAGUUAAGGAGAACUUCCUCCAUGCCAAGGGUAUGGAACCUGCAGCUUUCCAAAUGAUGCCCACAAGUCCCACAAUUCCUGACUACGAAUUAUGCUGGACUUUGUGCAAGGACAUCUGGAUGCUAAAUCAGGGAUUGUUGGAUAUAUGUGAAAGGUAGAAUAGGUCUGGAAGAGACUCAGCCUUCACCCCACCUCCCCAAAUAAAAGUUUAAGGACCCCCCCCCCCGCUUUUACGCACAACAGUUAAAAAACAGUUAAAAAGCAUACAGGCACAGAGUUAAGGGAGGAUGGGCACAGGCACGUGAGUGAAUUAUGUAAUUUACAUGAACACACACACAGAGCACAUGCCUCUUGGACAAGGAUAUAAUUGUUGAGGCUCUGGUAGGUUUCUUGAGAUCAAAAAUAGCUCCCUAUAGAUGAGCAAUGAAAAAACCAACAACCCAUAGCAGUGGUCUGGUAGCUUGUGGGAAUUAAUAUAAGCAGUGUUAGGGAAAAAUCUCAUAAUACAGACCAGCGGAGUUUGGCAGUCAAAGCCAGCUUUGGCAGUCAAAGCCAGCUAUAUAUAUUAUUAUUAUUAUUAGAAUCAUUUACAAAAUAUAAAAUAGAACCUUAAAAUUGUUGAUUAACAACAGGUAUGUAAAAACGUUUGAAAGAUGGUUAGCAAAAGGAAUGCUCCAGUUGCUUCUUGAAAAUUUGACAUUGUAAUCCUACACAUGUCUACACCUGGGAUUAAGUCCCACUGAGUUCUAUAGGUCUUACUCCUAGAAAAGUGAGCGGAGGGUUGCCACUUGAAUCUCCUUCAUUUCCUCUCACUCUGAAAGUCUUAUUGAGCCUCCUGCAGCUUAUUGUUGUUUUGAUAAAGAGGGUAUUUAUAAUAAUGAAUGAUCUUUUGAUAUGAGCAGGUGCUGAUGUAACUGUUUUGGAUAUCAUUACUAUGCUUGCCUCUUAAUAGUUGUAUUAUCAGUACCCCAUUAUCUUUAUUGCAUUUUAAUAUUUCAGCAGUGCCACAGAGUGCUAAAACUGCAUAUAAAAUGAAUUCUCCUCGAUUUUCCCCUCCCAGAAAUAAGCUUAUCUUAAAACACAUAAGGGCUAGAAACUUGCACUCUUAAAAAAAACCCCAAAGAUAAGGUUUGCAGGAAAUGGAAUCCUGCAGUUGAAUUAUGCAGUCUGUAGUUACACAGAGGUUUGGGAAUGGUUGUGUACAAAUAUAUUUUUACACCCCCCACCCAUCUCCAACCAUAAAUCUGUUUUUUUACCCAACAGGGAUGGUGCUCUCAGUACUGGUGAUCAUGCUGCUUGCGGUGUUGUACGAAUUCAUAAAAGUUGGCAAGGCGAAAGUGCUUCAGUACACAAUGCCGCCAUCCAUUGCCUCCAGCAUCAGCCAGGAGACCUUGAGAGAGCCAGAAAGGGCAUCUAUUAACACGGGCCUGGAACAGCUAAGCAGCUCCCCAAAGAAGUAAAAAAAAUGGGGAGGGGUGGGGAAGCAAACAGCAAUCUGCAGAAAACCUGUAUUGAUGUUUGCUCUGAUUCUGCUUUAAAGGGUGGGUUUUCAUGGGAAAAGCUCUGGAGGGGCAGGGGCGGGGAAAAUGCGUUCAGACACAGAGCUUUAAAGUGCAGACUGUGCCUGGAAAGCAUGGAGGAAAGUUAAGUGUAGAUAAGCCCUGACAUUUGUUUCUCUUUCCUUUUGGAAAAGUUGGUUUUCGUGGCAUGUCGUCCAGACCCUGCUCCAUGUGGUCCAGGUGGUCCUCGGUUACCUGGUGAUGCUGGCGGUGAUGUCUUACAACACGUGGAUCUUCCUGGGAGUGAUUGCGGGCUCUGCCAUUGGCUACUACAUAGCAUACCCACUGCUCAGUCCCAGAUAGCAGCGCUGGCAUCAGCGCAGGAAGAUGGUUUAACAGUGCCGAUUAACUGGAGACUCCUGCCUUGGGAACAGAUCUGUGGUGCUUGGAUACUGAACUGGGUAAACAGGAGUCACCCUGUUGUAGUUCCAAGAUCCUUUCCCCUGCUCCCCAUCCUCUGACUUCCACAGGCAGGGCAUUUAAACCUUCUACCUUUUUGAGAAUGACUUUUUGUCCUUUCACUGGAAUUUAUUUGUAACUGCCUUUACUAAGUGCCUUGGAACAAAUGCUCAGUAUCUAGAACUGAGAUGUUUUGCUUUCUAACCUCAGGAUGUGUAACAGUGGUACCUCGGGUUACAGACGCUUCAUGUUACAGACUCCGCUAACCCAGAAAUAGUACCUUGGGUUAAGAACUUUGCUUCAGGGUGAGAACAGAAAUCGUGCGGCGGCAGCGGGAGGCCCUAUUAGCUAAAGUGGUACCUCAGGUUAAGAACGAACCUCCGGAACGAAUUAAGUUCUUAACCUGAGGUACCACUGUAGUCAGCUAAGCCUUGCACUGUCUACUCUGACUGGCAACUCUUGAAAGUGAGGUGGAGGGCAACUUUACCAACCCUUCUACACUUUGUCCUCUGAGGGGGUGGAACCCAUGCCAACUUCAUUCAAAGCAUAUGCUGUGCUAUUCGGUGCAUUCUCUUGUGGGCUUCUUAGUGUAGGAGGGCAAUGGUGGAGAUAUAUAAAAUGGGAAGAAAGGGGAUUAGGAGAAGUGUCGCCCCCCCCCCCGCCACUUCUCAUAAACCUAGAACUGGGGUCAUCCAAUAACUCAGAAUGGUGGGAGGCUCUAGCAUUCAGGAGGGAAGUGCUUCUUCCCACAGCACAUAAGUAAAUAAGCUAUGGGAUGCAUUACUGCUAUAGCCAUCAACUUGGGCAGCAAUAAAUGGCAACUGGACAAAUUCUCAGAGGAUAAUGUUACAGGUGGCUGCCAGUUGUGAUGACUAGGUCCUACCCCUCCAACAUGCCUCUGAAUCCCAGUUGCUGAGAAUCAUUAAUGGUAGAGAGCCAUUCAGCGCAUACCCUGCUUAAAGGAUUCCCAUAGGCAACUGGUUGCCCCCUGCCACAGUCAGAGGCGGUAUGCUUCUGAAUCCCAGUUGCUGGAAACCACAGGAGGUGAGAGGGCUCUGCUGUUUGGGUUCUGCUUAAGGGCUUCCAAUGGAAGUGUCUGGUUGGCCACUGUCAGAACAGGAGGCCAGAGUAUUUGGGCCACUGGUCUGACCCAGCUGCUCUACUUUUGUCCACUGUCAGAACAGGCUGCCAGACUAUAUGUAAAGCCUUUGGUUUUUACCAAUAGAGCUCUUACAUUCUUUUAUUUUUCUGGGGGUGGGGAUAUUGGAUUCAGGGCACAAAAGGGAAGACUCUGCAUAAUUAACAUAAGGGACUCACCACCACAUGGUGAGGCUGUAAAGAGGGGGGAAUCAAAUGUUAGCCUCACUAAUACCUUGCGGGACUGGGUCUGGUCAAUGCUUGGGGGACAGAGAGCUGCCUCAUACAUACUCAGGCCAUGGUAACAGUACCACUUUAUUUUGCUUUGGUCAGACCACAACUGGAAUACUGUGUUGGGAGGAAAAUGUACACAGGGUGUUUAGCAAGGAUAGCCUAUGUGGUGCCUUCUGGAUAUUGUUGGUCUGCAUGAUCAGUGAUCAGAGAUUAUGGGUGCUGUUGUCCAGCACAACUAGAGGGCACCAUUAUGGCUCUAGAUGCUGAACCAAGGAAAAACGUUUGUGUGGCUAAAUUAAAAAUGAAUGUGCUAUGAAAUCUGAUGCAAAAAUCAAUGUCAAAUAAAAUAUUUUACUUAACA